UAAAGUACAGGUGAGUCCUUCUCCCAACAGUACAGGUGAGUCCGUCUCCCUAAAGUACAGGUGAGUCCUUCUCCCUACAGUACAGGUGAGUCCUUCUCCCUACAGUACAGGUGAGCCCUUCUCCCAACAGUACAGGUGAGCCCUUCUCCCAACAGUACAGGUGAGCCCUUCUCCCAACAGUACAGGUGAGCCCUUCUCCCAACAGUACAGGUGAGCCCUUCUCCCUAAAGUACAGGUGAGCCCUUCUCCCUAAAGUACAGGUGAGUCCUUCUCCCUACAGUACAGGUGAGUCCUUCUCCCUAAAGUACAAGUGAGUCCUUCUCCCUACAGGAUGGGUGUUACUCUGAACAAGCUUUCGUGGUCUGUCGUGGACUCUCAUGGUCUCUCCUGUGUUCCACAGUGAGCUGUCAGAUUUCUGCGACGCUCUGCAGGAUCCUCUGAGGAUUCCCAAACCAAACCCCAUCAAACUGAUCCACACGGACCUGCCUCUACUUCCUGAAGACAGAAUCCACUGCUCGGACGUGCUUCACGCACUCGCCACACAGGUGUUGGGUGACUCAGGAAAGCUGAACUCUCUCAAAGCUAGAAUGGAGGAAAAGUUCAUGGCCAACCCGUCCAAGAUGUCGUGUGAACCAAUCAGCAGCAGCCUGCUGGGGAAACAGGAAGCCGUGGCGACAACAGCGAUCCAGAGAGCAGACAAGAACCACGAUGAAGAGACGUCCGUCGAGUCUGUGGAUGUUUCAGCUUUACAGUGAGUUCUGCUCCGCCCUUUAAUGCCCCCGACUUCCUGCCAGAUGAGAACCUGAAGGACUCAAUCAUCACCUGUGGACUUUCCUCUCACAUCAGAGACACAAAUUAAAGUUUGCUGAAUCAAUUCUGAGCUUUUCCUCUGGCCUUGAAAACAUUCUUCCUGCGACUUUACUUCCUCGCAGAGCUCAGUCUUUGUUGAUAUUAAACUUUACAAAUAAACUUGAUAUAACUACUAAUCCCGGUUAUGAUUAGCAUUCAUAUAACACUGACUGGGAUUGUAGACUAUUCGUCUAUUUCAUAAUCGUCAUUUUGUGUAAUCUUGUCUUGUAUCAGAUAACAUACAGAAAAGAUCCAGAUCUAUGUCUCUGAUUACAGACUUUAUUAUAUAUAAUAUUAUAUAACAUUAACACAUAAUCAUUCAUAUUUUAUAGACGUUUGAAGACAUUAGUAUUAUAAAAGUAACAGCAUGAAAAAAGUAACAUUAGCACAAAAAAGUGAAGUUUGUGUUAAAGUAAUAAAGUAGUGUUGCACCCUUCAACAUACAGACAACCUAAAAUAUGAGUCCAACUGAUUAUUGGUUAUUAACCACAUGCUCCUCUAAUAUGUUUACUUUAACCAAGACAUCCUCCUACUGUCAGAGUAUCAUCUUUUUAGAACUGUUAUUAUAUAUCUUUACUUUGUUAUAAAGUUCUACUUCAUUAUACAUUUUACUAUAUUUUAUCAUUUUUAUCAUAUUUUACAGUUUUACUUUUUUAAUCAUUUUUACCUUAUUAUAGUCUACAUUUUGUAUGGAGUUUUGUUGUGUAGCGUUGAUAUUUUGCUGCUGAUGCUAUCUCUCUUUUACACGUGUAAAACUAAAUAAAUGCAGCUCAAAACAUUUCACCUUGUUCAAUAUUCAUUUUAGCCGAUGGCUGUCACCAAUAAAUGAUAAGCUCCCACAGUGGCUCUCUGUAUCCGCCCUGAUGAACAGCAGCUGGAGGCAGGAAGAAAUUUUAACAGGUGAGU